AUGAACCAUUCUAUAGAUUAUUAUAAUAAGCAGUAAUAAAAGCUAUAUGAAUACAUGGUUAGCCUAACUCAGAAUGUGACUGGAGUGGAGAAGAUAUUUUAAGAUUUGAUCAAAUGUUUGCAUGCAUUUAGUUAGGAAAUAAAAAUGGUUGGUGAGAAACUGCAUACUUAAAUCAGUUGCGGAAAUGAACCUGAUAUUUUAGUUUGUUUAUAUCAAUAAGUGAGCAAUUACUUAUUGAGAUUAUCAUAAAAUUGGGAGCUUACAGCUUAGAAGCUAAAAAGUGAAAUUGCAGAACCAUACACUCAAUUUGUGUUAAAUUUUAGAUAAACGAAUCGAAAUUUGAACUCAGAAUCAAAAAAACAGGUUACUGAAAUAUGGGAAACCAGAAAAGAGUUGUGUAAAACCUAAGAUGAAUAUUGGAAAAUAAUGAAAUAAUUUGAAUAAAAAAGUUAAUAGACACAAGAGAUGAUAGAUUUGAUAGAGAAAGGCAGUGCUACAAGAGAAGAUUUUUAGAAAUAAUUUGCCAGUUCUUUGAAAUUGUAGGAAUUGGUUGAUGAGUCAGAAAAAGAUUAUAAAAAGUUAUUAACAUUAACAAAUGACAAAUGGAAAUCAUUCCAUGAAGAAUGGGAUAACAUCUUUGCAAAUGUGGGGUUGAAUGAAUAAAGUAGAAUAAUGUUUACAAAGUAAACUGUGAGUUCAUUAUUAAAAUUAUUACCCUUUGAUAAAGAUUUAACUCAAAUAGAAGAAAAGGUUACAGAUUUAGAAAUUAAAUUGAAAGAGGAUCCUAAAAUACCAAUACGUAAAUUAAUAGAAAAAAAAAUGGAAAUCAAAGAUAGUAGGCAUUAAGUAAUAUAAUUAGCAUUUAAGUUUUAAUUUGAGGAAUUCAUUAGCUAUGAGUAGUGGAAGAAGAUAAACAUCAAUUCAGAAUAUAGUGUUCCGAUUUAACAGAUCCAGCCCUCUUGGUCGAUAGUAGGAGACAAAAUCUUAGACGAUGAGAAGAAAAUAGUUGAAAAGUACCUCACUUCGUUGUUUACACUUGAUACCACUGAUAAAAGUGAGUUACUUAUUAAAAUUAAGCAAAUUCUUGAAAAAUAGUCAGGCAGAAACUACUUUAUUAAUUAAUUAAUUCAAUUUCAUUCGAAAUCGAUUGAGGAGAAAUAAUCCUCAUUUUAUUUGACAUUAUCAAAUGAACAAUUUUAGGAGAUAACAUAAUUGAUAAGACAUUGGUUAAAUUACAUUGAUUUGAACAAUUUGUAUGAAUCAGAAGACCUUUAUGAUUUAUUACUUAAAUCUAUAAGGAUAGCCCGAAAAGAUGGAAGAGAUCGAAUCAAUCUUGCAUCUCAAUUAUCAGAUAUUACAUUAUGGAGGAAGAUAGAAAAAUGGAUAGAACUAUUUUAGUAUAUCAAUGCGAAGAAAGUAGAUGAAAAGCGAAAGCAAGUUGAAUUAUUGAAAUAAUAGAAUCAAAAUAAUAUAGUCUAGAAAGGCUUCAAAAUGAUAGGAUCAAUUUUUAAGAAUUCAGGAACUAACCAACAAUCUCAAUUUGAACUUAAUGAGAGUGAGAUAUGUUACAUGAUAAUGGAAGAAAUCAACUUAUUUUUGACUUCAUUAAAAUUACCAUCAGAUUUAUCCACCGAAAUCAUAAUACAAAUAGCAUUUUAAUAGCCAAGAUUUGAUAAAGAACAUGUCAAAAAGCUAUUAGAGAAACAAGAAGAUCUUCAUAAUACUCAAUGGAAAAAAUUGUUUAAAUCAGGGAAGAUUGUGUUGACCCAAAAAUCAGAAAAGUAUGAUCGAAAGAACAUGGAAGAAUAUUAAAACAAAGUUGUACAAGUCUGUGGUGCAGCAAUGAAAUAUUUAACUCUUGAUGAUUAACCAUGGCAUUUGCUAUUAAUAAAUAGAAAAUUCAACAUGCAGUUAAAAAAUAAGAUAAAAAAGUUUUAUUUAGCUAAUGGGCAGAUAUUUUUUUGUGAACAAACUCAUUAAUUUAGAUUAAAAUUAAUAGCUUAAGUUUUGAAAUUGGAAUAAAUGAAAAUUGAUUAUGUUGAAAUGAAGACUAAAGUUGGAUUAGAAAUGGAUAUCAAUUAAUUAUAUGAGGAAACCAUUAAGUUGGAUGUUCAAAGAAGUCUACAUCUUCACAAGGAUAAAAUUAAUUCUUCUGUACUAUAGAGUUUAUUAAGAAUAUAUGCAUUUUAUCAUUAAGAAGUUGGAUAUUGUUAAGGAAUGAAUUAUAUUGCAGGCUAUUUGUAUUUAAACUUUUAAGAUCAAGAAGUUGCAUAUAAGGCUUUUGAUAGAAUGAUGAAUCUCUAUUUCAAAGACCUUUAUAUUAAUGAUUUCUCAAAACUUAAAAUUGGGUUCUAUCAAUUUGAUCGACUACUACAAAUAUUUUUACCUGAAUUGUCAUAACAUCUAAAGGAUUAGAAGAUAGAUCCAUCAUAUUAUGUUGCAUCUUGGUUCAUAACAUUGUAUUCGAAUGUUUUUUAGUAUAUUUAACGAUCAGCACUUUUAAAUAUUAUAUGGGAUAUUUUUUUGGCAGAAGAAUGGAAAGGUUUUUUCAAAACUACAUUCUAUCUCCUUUGGUUGUUAUAGCAACAUUUAUUAAAUUUGGAGUUUGAUGAUAUUCUGCAUUAUCUAGGACAGUUGAUAAAAAGUGAAUUUUUCAAUAUCGAUAAUGAAAAAGAUUUGAUUAAAUUCAUUUAAAAAUAUGAUAACACCCUUAAAGAUAAUGAAUCAAUCAAGACAACUAUACUGUAGAAAUUCAGAAUUUCUAACAGAAUGUUAAGAAGCCUGGAUUAGGAAUAUCAUAGCUUUUAAACCAAGUUGAAUUUGAAACUGACUUAAUGUUUGAAAAAAUGA